GUGAAAGUAUUAUUAACAUAGAGGGACUGAGCUGACACGCUAAUACAAGGUCGGAGAUUUGACGGAAACACAAAGAUUUAAUAUUUGACUUGGUGAGUUCUGGGACUGAGAGAUUUCAGUAGAAAAUGGCAGAAAAAACUGCAGUACUUGAAAGUUUGCUGAGCUGCCAUGUUUGUUCAGAGACUUUCAGAGAUCCUGUGUCUCUGAGCUGCAACCACAGCUUCUGUUCAAGCUGCCUGAAGGAAUUCUGGGAACAAACUGGAAACAAGAACUGUCCCAUCUGUAAAAGAAGAUCUUCAAGGGAUGAUCCAUCCAUUGAUUUCUCCUUCAAAGAACUCGCUGAUUCAUUUACUGAGAAGCAGAAUGGAGCUUCAACUGAGAUGGAAAAAGAGAAGAAGAAAGAAAAGGAGGCAGUGUGUGAGAAACACUCUGAGGUUCCUUAUUGGUUCUGUAAAGAUGAGCAGAGAGCUGUGUGUCCUGUCUGUGAGUUUUCUCUCCACCAGAGUCACAAAGUGGUUCCUAUAGAAGAAGCAGUCAGUGAGCUGAAGGAGCAGCUGAAAUCUGACUUAAAGUCUCUGCAGGACAAGAAGGAGAUUUACAAACAAAUGGAGAAAACAUACGAUGAAAUGACCGGACACAUCACAGAUCAGGUGUCGUCUUCAGAGAGACAGAUCAGAGCAGAGUUCAACAAGCUCCACCAGUUCCUGAAAGAGGAAGAGGAGUCCAGACUGGCAGCACUGUGGGAGGAAGAGGAGCAGAAGAAGAAGACGAUAAAAAAGAAAAUAAAGAAGAUUGAGGAGCAGAUCUCCUCUCUGUCAGACAGCAUCUCUGCUGGUAAAGAAGAGCUGCAGAAAGACAACCUGUCAUUCCUGAGGGGUUACGAAGCUGCACUGAGCAGAGCCAGAGGUCAGAGGUCACUGCCAGAUCCACAACUGGUCUCAGGAGCUCUGAUAGAUGUGGCCAAACACCUGGGCAAUCUGUCCUUCAGAGUCUGGGAGAAGAUGAAGGACCAGGUCCACUUCAGUCCCGUCAUUCUGGACCCAAACACGGCCAGCCGAUGGCUGUCGCUGUCUGAUGAUCUGACCAGCGUGAGACGCUGCGAAACAAAGGAGAAACUUCCUGACAACCCAGAGAGAAACAUUAACUAUACCAAUGUUUUUGGUUCUGAGGCCUUCGGCUCAGGGAAACACAGCUGGGAAGUGGAAGUUGGAGAUCAUCCUCGCUGGAACAUCGGUUUGGUCAAAGAGUCUGUGGACAGGAAGGGAGAGACCGACGCUUUGCCCAAAUAUGGAAUCUGGUGUUUAGUCCACAGUGAUGGAAAAUACACAGAUGGCGAAGCCAAUGUCGUCACAAUGAAGCAGAGUCUGAGGAAAAUUAAAGUCCAGCUGAACUAUGACAGAGGGGAAGUGUCCUUCUACGACUCCGAAGACAUGAGUCACAUCCACACCCUCAGAGACUCUUUCACUGAGAAACUCCUGCCUUAUUUCUGUGUUGGAAAAACUGGAGAAGUGGAACCGACAAGUAUCAAAGUCUGUAAAACUGAGAUUAAUUUUUAAGCAUCACAUAAACCGAGCGUAAUGUUUGAAAAUAAAUGUUUUUGUUCUAUUCUGAGAAGAAAACAAGACACUUUGACAUCAGUUAUAAUGUUGAAUAUUAUAGCAGAUUCCUUCAGACUUCUAAAACCAGACAUGGUUUACCCAGAGGAUCCAUUCAUUUAUGUUGAUGUUGUAUGUGAACAUUCCAGUGUGGAGACAGAAACAUUGUUUUAUUUCCUGUUUUUAUUUCUGCUGUACUUAUUAACCCUUGAAUCACAAACUAAUGGAAAUAACUUGGAAUAAUAGACGUUAAUGUGCAUGUGUGUGGUCUUAAAAAUGUUUACUACAUUUAUAAUUUACAGUCAUAAGAUGGCAGCUGGCCUACACAAACACUGUCUUGAAGUUUGUAAAAUAAUCAAUACAGGAUUUAUUUUGUAGCUUUUUAUUUUUCACUAGCUUGAUGCUUAGAGAAUGUUGGACCUUUUUACCCGUGGCUUCAAUAUUACAGAACAAUUUGGCAUUAAAUAUUAGACAUGCUUCUUUUCUUGCUGUUUUUAAGUCUAUUUCUUAAAAACAUUAUUUUCAGUGGCUUUUGGUACAAUAUGAGUUGCUUCUGUUUUUAUUUUAAACAAUUUUUGCUGAAAUUUUAUUA